ACUUUUGCUUGUGGUGUUAGCAUCGGUGGAACAGUUGCGGUAUGCGAUUCUUCUCCGAUUUUCCCUUUCGUUUUAUCUCUCAUAUUCCCUUUUCCAUUUCUUCAAAUUUCCCAUCGUUUCCUUCCCAAUGUAUAUAUUCUACCAUUCGCCAUGGAAUUCGGCUGUAUCUCGUGUUCUGUACUCAGAAAUUCAGGGAUUUUGAGUUCCGGCAAUUGAUCGCUGAUGAAGUCGCCUGAAAUUACCGACUGGGUAUUUGAUUACGCUCUGAUCGAGGACUUUCCGGUCCCCGGCGGUGACCUACCUUCACUGGAUCUUCCUGUUUUCACUUUGUCCUCUCGCGAUUUCACUGCCUCCUUCAGUGUUUUAAGGGAAGACUUUGAUGAGGCACAUGGAAAGCUAAACGAUAUAAAAGAAUCUGGGUCUAGGAAAAGGAUGAGCUCUGGAUCAGGUGCAUCUUUGUCCAAAGCACAUAAAGAGAAAGUGCGGAGAAAUAGACUAAAUGACAGGUUUCUGGAGUUGAAUUCCAUCCUCAAUCAUGGAACGUCUCCCAAAAUUGACAAGUCUGUUAUUUUGGGUGAUGCAGUUCGAAUGAUCUUGCAGCUAAGAGAUGAAGCUCAGAAGCUGAAGGAGUCCAAUGAGAAUUUUCUGGAGAAGAUCAAUGAAAUGAAGGCUGAAAAGAAUGAACUACGAGACGAGAAACAGAGGCUAAAAGAAGCAAAAGACAACCUUAAACAGAAAAUGAAAACCUUCAUUACUCAACCAAGUUUCCUGCCUCACCCUUCUGCAUUUUCUGCUCCAAAUCAUGUUGUUGGGGCGAAGUUCGUACCUGUGAUUGGAUAUCCAGGAGUAUCCAUGUGGAAGCUUAUGCCUCAGGGCGCUAUCGAUACGUCGCAAGACCACGUUCUCCGACCACCAGUCGCCUGACUUGGUAGAGUUCUUCCAUUUUCACUGGCUUUGCUUUUGCAUGCGAGGAUUCCUAUGUUGGUUUUUCUGUAGGGCUGACAUGGUUCUGUUGUCUGUUAGAUUUUCAAGAUUGAAUUGGCUUGAAUAUCUGUUUUGUUAAAGAAAUUCCGCUGAUCAAAAUCAAUAUAGUCUACUCCAUAAGUUCUUAGCCUUA